AUGGUGCUGGAGACUCUGGCCCGCAUCGUCAAGGUCCAGCUGCCCGCGUACCUCAAGCGCCUGCCGCUGCCCGAGAGCGUCGGCGGCUUCAUCCGCCUCACAGUUUCAGAAUGGCUGCGGUUACUGCCUUUCCUGGGUGUGCUGGCCUUGCUCGGUUACCUUGCUGUUCGUCCCUUCCUCCCCAAGAAGAAACAGCAGAAGGAUAGCUUGAUUAACCUCAAGAUCCAAAAGGAAAAUCCCAAAGUGGUGAAUGAGAUAAACAUCGAAGAUCUGUGCCUCACUAAAGCUUACUGCAGGUGUUGGCGUUCGAAGACGUUCCCUGUCUGUGAUGGCUCCCACAACAAGCACAAUGAAUUGACAGGAGAUAAUGUAGGUCCACUAAUACUCAAGAAGAAAGAAGUAUAGCAGAUACUUAAUCUAGCUCAUGACUGAAAAAAAGUCUUUUCUACUGUUGUAGUUGCAAGGGACAGCAUUUUAUUAUGUGAUUGGUAUGAUUUAGUUUCAUGAUUGCUGUAGAUUUCUUUUUGGAAUAAACUGCCUUUAGACAGUGAUGAAUUUGUCACUGUUUUGGUACCUUAUUCUGAGAAGAAUUUUGCCUGCUUUGUAAAACUGUAAAGUACCUAUCUGUAAAUAAGUCGUUUAUUUCAAGAAUAAAUUGACUUUCUACAACUAA